GCAAAGCGGUCUCUAAAUAUUUCCUUAGCCUCCCUUUGAGGUGUAGGAACUCCCACGCCAAGAGCGCUGUGAGAUCUAGCUCCGGGGAAAGCUCGUCGCGAUGGAUCGGGGCAGUGCGACAUUGCUAGCCGUGGCAGCGAUGAUCAAUGUAGCAUCCGCGGCGGAGGAGGCCGCGCUGGCGGCGGCGGCAUCGUCUCCUCUCCGCCUCGAGACGGUGCUGUUUGGCCUCCUGGUGCUCGUUCUUGGGGCGAUUCUCGCCUCCAAGGCGCUGGGACCGAAGCUCAAGCUCCCGCCGGGCCCUCCGGCGGUGCCGAUAUUCGGGAACUGGCUCCAGGUAGGGGACGAUCUCAAUCACCGCAACCUGGCCGAGCUCGCCAAGAAGUAUGGCGAGAUCUUCCUGCUCAAGAUGGGGCAGAGGAAUCUCGUCGUGGUGUCCUCGCCCGAGCUCGCCAAGGAGGUGCUCCACACGCAGGGCGUGGAGUUUGGAUCGCGCACGAGAAACGUGGUGUUUGAUAUCUUCACCGGAAAGGGGCAGGACAUGGUCUUCACGGUCUACGGCGAGCACUGGCGGCGGAUGAGGAGGAUCAUGACCGUCCCGUUCUUCACCAACAAAGUGGUACAGCAGUCGAGGCCCGUGUGGGAGCAGGAGAUCGAGUUCGUGCUCAAGGAUCUUCUCGCCAACAAGGAGGCGCAGGAGGGCGGGACUGUGAUCCGGAGGAGGCUCCAGCUGCUCAUGUACAACGUCAUGUACAAGAUGAUGUUUGAUCGGCGCUUCGAGAGCGAGGAUGAUCCGCUCUUCCUGAAGCUCCGGCAGCUCAAUGGCGAGAGGAGCCGGCUUGCGCAGAGCUUCGAGUACAACUACGGCGACUUCAUCCCCAUCCUGCGCCCGUUUCUCAAGCGCUACCUGCAGAUGUGCAAGGACGUGAAGGAGAACCGGCUGGGGCUCUUCAAGAAAUACUUCCUGGACGAGCGCAAGCAAUUGCUGAAUGCUGGAAAGACCGGACCCGACAAGGUUGCCAUCGAUCACAUUUUGGAGGCUCAAAAGCAGGGAGAGAUCACCGAAGCCAACGUCCUGUACAUAGUGGAAAACAUAAACGUUGCUGCUAUCGAGACCACCCUCUGGUCAAUGGAGUGGGUCAUCGCCGAGCUCGUCAACAACAGGGAUAUCCAAGACAAAGUUCGCGAGGAGCUCGACAGGGUCUUGGGGCCGGGAGUUCCGAUCACGGAGCCCGACAUUCCAAAGUUCACGUAUCUCACCGCCGUGAUCAAGGAGACGUUCCGCUACCACAUGGCGAUCCCUCUGCUGGUGCCACACAUGAACCUCCGGCCCGCCAAGCUGGCCGGCUACGACAUCCCGGCGGAGAGCAAGAUCUUGGUGAACGCGUGGUGGCUGGGGAACAAUCCGGAGCUGUGGGACAAGCCCGACGUGUUCGAUCCAAGCAGGUUUCUGGACGGCAAGAUCGAGGCCAGCGGCAAUGACUUUAGAUUCCUGCCAUUUGGGGUGGGGCGGAGGAGCUGCCCAGGGAUCAUCAUCGCCAUGCCGCUGCUCCACUUGGUGAUUGGAAGCCUCGUUGCCAAGUUUGAGCUCUUGCCACCACCGGGAUGCGACAAGAUUGACGUGAGCGAGAAGGGUGGACAGUUCAGCUUGCAUAUUGCCAAGCACUCGACGGUGGUGAUGAAGCCGCGCGUCCUAUGAAGGCCAUAUUUUGUAUUUAACACUGUAAGGUGGAACUUGUGUUGAAAAGGAUUGAUGCACGCUUUUUCGUGUUGGGUGGCCACGAGGAACACGUAUCCUGUGUUCCUGUGGGACAAGACAAUGUCAAUCUUAUACCGUCAGCAGGAUGGUUUGCUUUAUGCCAUUCAAUGACAAUGGCAGCUAUUUCUUAUGGAAAA